GUACGGAGUAUUAAUAAUCUUGCAGCGUAAAAAUGCAAUCUGCGGUGACCAUAAAAUAUAUUAUGGUUUUUUUAAUUAAAAAACUGUGCUUUACUCAUAUGACAAUCAUGUUUAAACGCAGCGUAACAGAAUUUCUUAGCGAUUGGAUACACACGAUAACUUUUAUUUACCUAACAUUUACGUAUAUAUAUCCAACUCAAGCCCAGUUUGAAAACCACGUAGAUUUCCAGAAAAUUUCCGAAAUUAUUUUCAGAAAUGAGAAAUACAACAUUUUAAAGCCAACGAUACAUGAGGUUCGAGAUCAUUUUAAAGAUUUUAUUCUUAAAAGAAGCAGCAAUAUUGGAGAUCAGAAAAUAUUUUUGGAUAAAAAUGGAUUUCGACACACUUGGCGUCACAUGGAAAUUCCUGAAGCUAAAAGUUUGAGAAAAACUGAUUUAAAAACAAACGUGACUAAGGAAACAAUUAAUGUAGUUAAAGAUAAACCCAGAAGGAAAAAAAGAAUAGAAGAGAAAUAUGUACCCCCAAAACCUGAUUUGAGAGAAGGUUCUGUUGCUGUAAGAACCACAUUCUACUGCCCUUUCUUCGGAGUCGUGAGGAUGACCACCCAUGUGACCAAUUACGAAGAAAUCAAAGAAUUCGUAUAAUCUUUGUAUGACAAUAACAAAAAAAAAAGAAGUUUUAUUUCUUCUUAGAAUUAGAAGGAAAACGAUAGGAACUUAUAACUUUAAUUUAUAAAUAACAGAAUCAAAAACAAUAAUAAAUAGAUCAAGUGU